CGCAAGAAAGACAGAAGGAGACGGAGGGGGGAUGUGCGCGUAUGCGUAGUACACGGCGCUGCAGGUACAGCGAUAAGACAGCGGAUUGUGCGUUCCCGUUCCAGCCCUGGAACACCAUCUCCCUAAUUCCGGAGAUCCCCCCCUUCUCACCGCAAUGUCGAGCGGUGAAGUGCGUGUUCUCCGCCGAGAGGCCGGACAGGAGAGCCCGAGGAUGCCGGCCUGGAAGAGAGAGAUCCUGGAGCGGAGGAAAGCGAAGGGCGGCGUGGCUGGAGCAGGUGGGAGCGAGCCGUGCUCGAGCGCAGGCACAGCCCGGGUAAAUGGAGAGGUAACAGGAGAUAGCAGCGGCUCUAAAAACAAAGAGGCUGUGUCGAGUACCAGUUCAGCCAGGAGCUAUACCAUCACACCGGCGAGCCAGCACUUUGCAGGCAAGCAUGGCAGCGCCACCGCCUCCCCGGAGCUCUCACCAAUGAAAUCAAACAAAGACCCCUGGGCGACCAACGAUACCCACGACUCGGAGAAAACUGGAAGGCAACGCGGGGAGGAAGAGAGCCUGGUGCUGCAGGACAGUCUGGGACCGCUACAGGAGAACCCCUUCAUUAAACUGGAGAAGGAGCGUAAAAAGCGACAGGACCGAGACGGUGCCACUCGGCCCGUUCAACACAUACUGGAGCUGUACGGGAGCGUCCCUGGCAUCCGGACUAUCCGAGCCGAAAACAUAAUCAUUAUAGAAUCAGAUCCGGAUUAUUUCCCGGACGCUAGCGGUAUUAAAGCCGGUGGAAAGCUGCAGCAGAACGGCACCGUUAGCAGCUACAGUUCCCUCAACGACCUGUUAGACAGGAGAGGCAGUGCUGUAACUGAGAUACGCGCGAAGGAGGUGGUCAUUUACGAUUCGGCGCUGAGCAAAAGCGAGGAGAACUUGAGCACGCUGGGCCGCCCCGGUUCCGACGGGGUGCUGGACCCGGAAAGCCAGGGGCGGGUGAGUCGCAUGCUGCAGAAAUUCGACCGCAACUACGGCAAGCUGCAGCCCAAAUCCCGCAGCACGGAGAACCUGUUGGAGCUGGAUAGCAGCCCGGCGAGGCCAAGGCUCCGACCCAAACCACAGCCAGAUCAGGUGCCAAAGUCUAGGACGCCCCCUCUCUCCCGCUCACCGGCCCAGAGCCCGGAUCGCUCGUCACCCGCUCCAGUCUUCCACAGCUCCCCGUCUUCCAAGCCCCAGGCCGAGACACCCCUCGAGCGGGAGAGCAGCGCCCCCUCCGCCGAAAGCCCCCAGUCCGUGUCUUCCUUCCGGCGUCGCUUUGAGACGGGCGGGACAGGCAGGCCGGGUGGGGGGCGCACCAUACUGGUGAACCCCCGCGAGGCGGCGGAGAGGUUCCAGGCCAAACCCCUGCGAGAGAGGGACUGGGAGGGUGCGGACGGCCCCUCGAAACCCAGGGUGCCAUGCUCUCCGGAGCGACACCCCCGCCCGUGUGCCGAGUCCCCCUCCCCGCCCCCAUCGCCCCCCUCCCCGGGGUUCGAGAUCCGGCCCUCACCCCGGCCCGACCUGUCGGCACUGCCCGCGGGCGACAUCCAGGCGCGGGCCCUUGCCAACCUGCGUCUGCAGUCGCGCAACUCCUUUACUGUCAUCCCCAAGCGGCCCGCUGCGGUAUCCGGCCCGGGAAGCGUGGCCCCGCCCUCCCCCGCCCGGCCCCCUUCCCCGAGGGCGUCGGACACCGCCGCCCCAGCAGUGCCAAGCCCCACCACUCGCCCGCCCACGCCGCCCUCCUCCAAGAAGAGGGACAGGGAGGCGGCGGCCAGGCAAGCCAAAACCGAACCCCCCAAACCCGCCGCCCCCUUGGUGCCCUCAUCCCCCGUGGCGUCUCCGGAGCCCGCCGAAGAUGCCCCAGCCCCGGUCGCACCACCCGAGGCCCCCAGGGCGGCCGAUCACCUGCCUGUUACCAACAUCGACGACAUCGAGGUGGCGACGCCCCCCCAGCCCGCCCCGAGCCCCGUGGUGCAGCGGCGCACGGGGAACACCUUCACGGUGGUGCCCAAACGGAAGCCCGGGUCCCCCGAGCCCCAGGACACUGCUGCCAGCCCCCAGACACCCUCCACGCCCUCCACGCCUCCUCAGGCCCCCUAUGCCCAGCUGGGCUCUCUGCUGAAGAAGCGCUACCCCGCCGUGGACGAGAUCGAGGUCAUCGGCGGGUACCUCUCCCUCGGCCGCUCGUGCCUCUCCAAAACGGGCUCCACCGGGAAGAAGCUGAAGAUCUCCUUCAACGAGUCGAGCCUGCAGAGCACCUUCGAGUACCCCUCGGAGAGCAGCCUGUGGGACAGCGGGGAGGAAGAGGAGGAGAGGGAGGAAGAGGAGCAAGAGCAGCCCGGAGAGGCGGAGGCGGAGGGCAUCCACAUCCCCCGGCCCAGCUACACCAGCUCCCCCACAAACAGUACCAACAGCAGCGAUCUGUCCAGUUACACUCCCAAGAACUCUGUGGAUUUCAGUGCCUGGCAGGAACACAAACUCGAUGACCCUGCGCUCCAGGGGGACUCCAAUUCUCGACGCACGGAGCUAUCUCCAGAGGAAGUGAUGCUCACUCCAGCAGACAGCUCCUCCCUCUCGGACUUCGGCAGCGAACCAGCUCUCUACUUCUGACCUGCGUGAACCUCACAGGAUCACAGAACCACUGCCUGCCAGCAACUGCUCAAACACACACACAAGCACACACACACACACACACACACACACACACACACCACGCCAUGGGACCAAAGCACCCAGCAGUAUGAGAAAGAGUGACCCGACCCGGCCAGAACUGGACCGACCACUCCGCUCCACACACCUCAGUCACACUCCACUGAACUUCAGGACGAGAACCCCCUCACAGCACCAAGACACCGCCUACCCCAAAGUCAAAACAGCUGGACUGUUCGAACCCAACCCGCACAGUUGAUCUGUCCUCCCAUGUAUGGGGAGUCGGAGUCCCACUGGCAGUGGGGUCUCUGCAAGGUUUCCAUUCUCUGUCACACUGCCUGAACCUUGUUCAAAAUAUGCAUCACGCAUGGGGGGGGGUGGGGGAUCACUAGAUGAGAAUGUUUUCCAAUGCAAGCCUGGCCCAGGCUCCUCAGCUUGCAGGUCUCUCUUUCGCUACAUUGACAGUACAGAUCAGGAGGAGGAGGAGGAGGAGAACUUAAUGCAAACGCGAGACAGUAAGUGACCAAAUCCCUUAAGCACAGCCAGCCGCCUGUGCCCCGUCUUUACCGAGAGGAAGAGGCUCUGUGGUACGCAGCGGAAUCCGAGAAUGUAACCAAAAGGUU